CCCCCCAACCCCAAAACCAAAACCAACAAAACAAACUUUCCAAAAAUCAUUCAUCCCCAGUAACCUCUUCUCCUUCCACCGUGUCUGCUCUGCUGUUGAAUUAAACACAACCUCUCUUUCCUUAUUAUUUAUCAUCAUCAUCAUCAUCAUACAUAUAUAUCUUCCUUGAUAUCAUUAUUAUUGAUAUAUAUUAAUCAGGAGUAAACAAGCUUGCAAGCUGCAUCAAAAUGGCAAUGGAAUUUGAAAACUAUGUAGCCAAUGAAUUAAAACCUGAAAGGUCUUUGCCGUGCUUUGACUGCAGUAUCUGCCUUGACUAUGCUAAGGACCCUGUAGUCACUCUUUGUGGCCAUCUCUAUUGCUGGCCUUGUAUCUACCAAUGGCUAUCUUCCCAGGCCGCUUCUACCGAAUCAGAUAACAAUCCACUCUGCCCUGUUUGCAAGUCUGAAAUAUCUCAGACCUCAGUGGUCCCACUUUACGGACGUGGCAAGACGUUAUCAGACAAUGAACCUGACACCAAACCAUCAAAUACAGUUAUCCCACCACGACCGCGUGCAUCUAUCGUGUCCACACCCAACCCAACCCGACAGCUUGCUUAUCGCGAUUCUCAUCAAACACCAUAUGCAAGUUACAACUCUACCCCACAUUUAUACAGUCAGGGUAUUGAUAGUAAUAAUCAGAAUGUAUGGAUGUAUGGAGAAAUGAUUUAUGCUCGUGUUUUUGGGAACUCACAACGCUUGUACUCAUUUCCAAACUCGUACCAUUUAGCUGGGAGUAACAACCCUAGAUUAAGAAGGCAAGAGAUGCAGUUACAUAGAUCUCUAAACAGAUUAACCAUCUUUCUUUACUGCUGCCUAUUUUUGUGUCUUUUGCUCUUCUAGCUAUGGGUCUUCAGGGUUAGCCUUUUGACCCAUCUUGUGCAGUUUUGUAUGCUUGUUUAUAGCAUCAUGUGUACAUUUGAGACUACAGAUAUAUAUUAUAUAUAUGCUUUGUAUAAGCUUUGUAUAAAAUGAAGUUUUGCCAUUAUCUUUAUCA